GUUCUGUCACUGUUCUGUCGGCAUGUGGACGUGUCGCCAGUGUCAGAACAGCACUUCAGCACCGUCUGCUUGUUCGUUUGUUUUCCAGCUGCCGGUUUUCUGUCAGAUCUUCAUGAUCUUCUCACACACUCACAAGUGACGACAUUCAUCUAAAGGAAAUGCUUCAUCAAACAAUAACAGUAAUAAAAGGAUCAGCGCUGUGGAGAUGAGCAGGUGCUGCUGUCCGUGUCCAGAACACCCCGCAGAGCAGCCGCUGACUGCAUGGCGGAUUAAUCUGCUGUACUCAGUGAAGAGCAGGAGUCCGUCCUCUGUGAUGCGACACAGCCCUGCACAGCAUCUUCACCUGAUCUUCAAGCUUUGUAGGAGACUGCACUUCUCCAGACAGCAUCUGCAGCUGAGGAAAACAGCAUCUUCACGGUUGUGUCGAAUGUGAGCAAGUGUGUGUGUGUGUGUGUGGUUCAGAAACGGAGCUCUCUGUGGAGUUUAGCACAGGAUGAUGAGAGGAAGCCUGAGAGAGAUGGAGAAGCAUCAUCAGACCAGCGGCUGGAGAAGCCGAACACCAGACUAACACACACACUGCAGACGCCUGCUGUGAUCAGAUCAGCGGAGGACUGACGGAGGCAGAGCAGAUCAGAUCAGAUCAGGCAGUGAGCGAGACUGCUAUGGGUCACGCCAUCACCUGAGAGCACCUACAGCACAGAUCCACAGAAGAGCUCCAUGGCGGACUCAGAGCCCGGCUUCCCCCAGAAGAGCAGCUCCAGCUCGGCGCAGGACUCGCAGCAGCCAUCACCGCUAGCACUGUUAGCCGCUACGUGCAGUCGCAUCGAUGAGAACGGCGCGGCGGAGCCUCAGACACGGCAGGACUCUCAGCUGGAGCUCCCGCAGGGCACCAAUGGCUGGCACAUCAGCCCUGCAGGCACACAGACGCCCACCAGUGCACCUGCCGCAGUGCCCACAGCGCCCUCAGAGGAGCGGAGCAGAGCCGCCACCGCCACUAUACAGCCGCAGUUCCUGAUGCCCGCACAGAGCCAGCAGCUGCUCACUGCCCUGCCCGGCGUCAUGCCCAACAUCCAGUACCAGGUGAUCCCGCAGUUCCAGACGGUGGACGGGCAGCAGCUGCAGCUCCAGGCAGCGCAGGACAUGUCUGGGCAGCUGUUGGUGUCGUCCCCCGGCGGGCAGCAGCUCCGGGCAGCAGGCAGCGGGAACAUCCUGACGGUCCCGGGCCUCUUCCAGCAGGCCAUUCCUCUGCAGAACCUGAGCGCCGUGCUGCCCAACCAGACGCAGUUCCUGGCCAACGUGCCGCUGAACGCCAACAUCACACUGCUGCCGGUGGGGCCCGGGCCCGUAGGCGGAGACACACACACUGCGGUAGCCGCUCCGCCGCAGGGCCCUGAGUUCUGCAGCACCGCCUCCAGCACACGGGCAACAGCAGCAGUGGGCAUCGCCACCCUCGCCCAGAGCAGAGCGCCCGCCGCCUCAGACGGGCAGAAGGGGCAGCCGCAGAUGCUCCUGCAGGGGGUUCAGCAGGGCGCGGUGUCGGCCCCGGGGCCCGUCUUCACCACACAGACCCUCUCUCAGGACGGCGUGCAGAACGUGCAGAUCCAGACCAUCGCCAGCGGCAGCCCAAUCCUGAUCCGCACGCUGGGCGCCGACGGGCAGGUGAGCUGGCAGACGCUGCAGCUGCAGAGCCCCGGUGCCCAGAUCACACUGGCUCCCACUGGGGCCUCGGGGCCCGUGCAGCUCUCCGGCCUGCAGACCAUCAACCUCAACACACUGGGCAGCGGCGGCCUGCAGAUGCAGCCGAUACAGAUGCCCGUCACCAUCGCCAGCGCACCAGGUGAAGCGGCUGCAGACGCUCUGGAGGACAGCGCAGUGCUGGAGGAGAAUGCAGAGAGCAGCCCGAACACAGCCAGCAGCAGACGCACACGCAGAGAGGCCUGCACAUGCCCCUACUGUAAAGAUGGAGAGGGACGAGACCCCAGUAAGAAGAAGCAGCACAUCUGCCAUAUCCCCGGCUGUGGUAAGGUGUACGGGAAGACGUCUCACCUGCGGGCGCACCUGCGCUGGCACACCGGCGAGAGACCCUUCGUCUGCUCCUGGUCCUUCUGCGGGAAACGCUUCACACGCUCCGACGAGCUGCAGAGACACAAGCGCACACACACCGGAGAGAAGAAGUUCUCAUGUACGGAGUGCCCGAAGCGCUUCAUGCGCAGUGAUCAUCUCUCCAAACACAUAAAGACACACCUUAACAAGAAGGUGUGUGUGAGCGCGUGCAGUGACCCCGUGACCCCGGCUGCAGAUGCAGACCCACAGACACUGCUGACGGUGGACUCCCUCUCAGCCGACAGCUUCACCAGACUGCCCGGCGGGAUCAGUGUGAUGCAGGUGACGGAUCUGCAGUCCAUCGGCCUCAGCGGCAGCAACGGAUUCUAGCGCGCACACACACACACAGGAAGCGGACAGAUGUGUAUUCCUCUUUUUAAUCUCUGAUUCUCUGCUCCGCCAUCAUGCUUUCCUCCAUUAAUCGGUCGAGCAGACGCAGCUGAAGGCUUCUGCUUUUGUACAUAAGUUAUAUUUUUGUAAGGAGAUCUGCGAUUUCUGACUUUGUGUUGUUCUGCAGUCGUGAACGCAGCGUUUUUUAUUAUGUAGAUGUGGUAUAACUCUCGUUUUGUGCUCACACACACACACACACACACACGCACGCGUCCUCUGUUACAGCCGCUCUCCCGCUCGCCCUCGUCUGACAGUGGACAUGUUUUGUUUUUGGGGAAUGUCGAGAUUCAGAUGCCUUAACGUCUUCCUUUCCUGAAGACUCUUUUAUGAAUUUGAGUUGAAACCAAAGCUCUCCUCUUCCAUGUUAACUCAGGUGAAUGUUUCUCUUCAUGAUUAUUAAAUUAAGAUGAACUCGCA